CGGCCUAUGGAACAGCCGUAUGUAAGUAUAAUCUAAAAAUGGGUGACGUAUCGAGUUGGGAAGAUAUAGAAAAUGAUCAAUUCUUUAAACAACUAUUGACUGGCGACUCCAAAAAAGCUGACAUUAGUCCGUUGUUAUCAGUGGCUCAACAAUUAAACAAGCUAGGACAAGCUAUCGAAGUGUUAAAUGUUGAGUUGCAAAAACAAGUACUUGCCAAUCACGAGGAUUUACUAUCUCAGGCAACAUGGGUUGAAAAGUUGGAAGGAGUGCUUUUUAUAAUACAGUCUCAUAUACAGAGUCUUUUAUCAGCAGUCGAACGAUUACGUGGAAAAAUUGUCGAUCCAUUUAAUAGAAUUGAGAUGCAAACGAUUGUAUUGGCACGACUUCAUGAGACUUCUGAUCUUUUAAGAAGAGUUGCUAGAAUGCAACAUUUAUCAAAGCGUUUAAACUCUCAAAUGAAUAGCAUCACUCAAGGUCCAGAUAUUGUUAAAGCUGCCAACAGUCUGCAUGAACUUGAACAAUUAAUGGCAGACACUGAUCUUAACGGCUUAGAUGUAAUUGCGGAUGAUCAACUGGCUGUAAAAGCUCAGAGAGCUACUGUACAAAGAAUAGCCACUCAUACAUUAACACAAGGUUUACAGGCAAUGGACAGGACAAAAGUAAGCACAGCUGUUCAGGUCUUUCAAAACUUGGGGAUAAUUGACGGAGCUGUGGACACAACUAUAGAAUCUACUCUUUCUGAUGUAGAAAGGAUUUCUACAGAUUUACUGGACAUAUCCUUGAUGACUAAUCAAGAUUUUGGUAAACGUGGAGCGCCUGGCAGAGCUGCGAUUCCGUCGCCUGGAUCGUCUGGAAAUUUACGCACGAAAAUCUGGGAAAAUCUCGAACGUCUCUUUCAAGAUACUUUAUAUACUCAGUGUUUACAGAUAGAGUUGCUGCAAAGAGUAUUGUUGGAACAUCAUACAAAGGGUUUUGAUAAUUUGUCUGAAAAAUUUUGGGAUAAAGUAAAUGCCUUGCUCGCAAAAAUCUUGGUUGAACGUGCUCAAGGAUCGUCGUUCGUUAAACAAGCUUUAGAAGGAGAAUAUCCAAAAUUUUUAAGAAUAUUUUUGGACUUGAGUAAACGGUUGAAAGAAAGAUCUCAAGAAAAUCCAUAUUUAUCGCGUUCGGUAUCUCGACUUUUGGAUCCAGUACACAAUAUGUUUUCUGGAGAAGGUUUACCAUCACAUGAUGAAAUUGACAGUCUUAUUCGUACAAUUACAAAUGAACUGAGUGUAUCAUUGGUGGACGAUGGACUCUCAACUGUAGUAUCCCGUAAUGUAGGAAAAGCAAUAAGAUUAUUCUGCUUAAAAUGUGAACAAACUAUUGUAACUGGUGGUGAAGCCAGCCAAGUAAUCGAUUCUCCUACCACUGGUCAACAGACAAACAUUACGCUCGCGAAUCUUAUGCAUUAUCUUGCAAAUCAAACGAAUCGCGUGAUAGCGAAUUUAGCGGGAGGAUUAUCUUCCGAAGGGAGUGCUAUUAUUACCACGGCACUCAAAGAAACGGACGCAUUAACGAAGAGUAUACUCGCACCGUUAUUAAUUUCUAUUAGCGAUGCAAUUGAAAGCAUCAUCUUAACGAUGCAUGAUGAUCCUGAAUUCAAAGAGACGUGUAGUCCUUUGGGAAAAGAAAUCGGCUGUUCUCUUUACAUGCGAGAAUUACAAGGCUUUAUUUUACGAUCUGUGAAUACAUUCUUAUUACCGUACAAAAAUCAAAUAGUUGUAGCCGAAAGCUGUAAAACCGUCGUAUCAAGAUGCAUAGAAUUAUUUGUGCGCCAUGCCUGCUUAUUAAGACCUCUGAGUGAUUUUGGCAGAGCAAAACUUUUGAUCGAUUUCGCUCAAAUGGAAGUAGCUGUCGCACCGUUAUGUCGCGGUGGCCAGAUGAGUCUGCUCGAGCAACAGCAAUAUAGAACUUUGCGAGCGUUAAGAACCUUACUACCCCUAAGUCCCGAGGAGAUGGUGGACAGAAUUUUGGAAGGGCAAGGAGAGAGCAGCGUGUCGCCGUCUCUUAUUCUCUUGCAUUUAUUUUCCGGUGCACCGCCCGAAUUAGUGUCGCCACAUCAGAGUGCCGGAUGGUCUAUAGGCCGAUUAUCUCAGUGGAUGGACAAUUAUCCGAAUGAACGGGAUAGAUUAACUUUAUGUAGUGGACCGUUAGAACGUUAUCAAUUGACAAUUCGACAACAAAAUCUUCCAUCAUUCCAUCCUUUAUUUCCACAGAUGAUGAAAUUAGCUAAUUUGAGAGAACAUUCAAAUCAAUAAAUAAAAGGUAUGUCACAUAUGUAAUAUUA